AUGAAUUCUGAUGAACCAAAAAAACCUCGUAUGAAAAAUGUUCGCAUACAAACUAUGGAAACGGCUAUUCCAUUGGAUGAUGAAGUGAGAAAAUAUCAACGACCAUCACCUGCCAAUAGAAAUGUUCGUACACAAACUAAAUUAAUGUUCGAUGAAUUUAAUAAUGAAAUAAUAUCCCAUGAUCGACAUCAACGAAAGGCACCACUUCAAAUUCUCAAUGAUUCAUCAGCCAUGCCCAGCAGAAUAUAUAAAACAUUUGACGAUCAAAGCGAAUUUAUGGAAAAUGAAAUUAUCGCAACAUCAACUCCACCCAUGAAUGGAGAUCAGCAAAUUGAGACAACUGUUAAUAUUGCAAAUGAAAAUGAAUUACCAUCAGAUCCUAUUAUUGAAUAUGCGAACGAACUAAUCUUACCACUUGCUGAAGCAUGNAAACAUAUAAAUCCGUCUUCUAUUAUAUCAUAUGAUUUAAAUAAUGAUACAUAUGUCGAUUUAGCAGUAACAAAUUAUGUUGAAAAUACUGUAAACAUUUACCUUGGUAAUGGCGAUGGAACUUUUGAAGAAAUUAAAAGUCUUUCAACUGGUGUUGAUCCCACUUUCAUAUUAGCAGGUGAUCUUGAUGGUGAUGAACGUUUAGAUUUAGUUAUUACAGAUGCACUUGCUAAUACUAUAUCUAUUUUGUUAAAUACAUGUAAAAUUUAA